CCGGCCAAUCGGGAGAGGCAACUGUGGCGGGGGCCGAGGAGGGACAUUUUAAAAGGGCUGGAGAUUGCGGGCGUCAGUGGCCAUGGCGGACACAGCGACCACAGCCUCGGCGGCGGCAGCGGCGGCCAGUCCCGCAAACGCCUCCAGCGAUGCGCCCCCUUUCCAGCUGGGCAAGCCCCGCUUCCAGCAGACAUCCUUCUACGGUCGAUUCAGGCACUUCCUGGACAUCAUUGACCCCCGAACACUCUUUGUCACUGAGAGGCGCCUCAGGGAGGCUGUGCAGUUGCUGGAGGACUACAAGCAUGGCACCCUACGUCCAGGAGUUACCAACGAGCAGCUCUGGGGCGCACAGAAAAUCAAACAGGCUAUCCUACACCCGGACACCAAUGAGAAGAUCUUCAUGCCUUUCAGAAUGUCAGGUUACAUUCCUUUUGGGACGCCAAUUGUGGUGGGUCUUCUCUUGCCCAACCAGACCCUGGCGUCCACUGUCUUCUGGCAGUGGCUGAACCAGAGCCAUAAUGCCUGUGUCAAUUAUGCAAACCGCAAUGCUACCAAGCCUUCACCUGCAUCCAAGUUCAUCCAGGGCUACCUGGGAGCCGUCAUCAGUGCUGUCUCCAUUGCUGUGGGCCUUAAUGUGCUGGUUCAGAAAGCCAACAAGUUCACCCCAGCCACCCGCCUUCUUGUGCAGAGAUUUGUGCCCUUUCCUGCAGUAGGGAGGUUUUCUGCACCCACAACACCCUGCCCUGGUCUAGAACAGCAGUCAUGUGGGAGAUCUUGGUUUCUAUUUAUACGUGGAGACGGCAGGAAAGAAGCCAGUGCCAAUAUCUGCAACGUGGUCCUGAUGCGGUAUGGGGAGCUGGAGGAAGGGAUUGAUGUCCUGGAUGCUGAUGGCAACCUCGUGGGCUCCUCAAAGAUCGCAGCCAGACAUGCCCUGCUGGAGACAGCAUUGACACGUGUGGUCCUGCCUAUGCCCAUCCUGGUGCUUCCCCCGAUCGUCAUGUCCAUGCUGGAGAAGACAGCUCUCUUGCAGGCACGCCCUCGGCUACUCCUGCCUGUGCAGAGCUUCGUGUGCCUGGCAGCCUUCGGCCUGGCCCUGCCACUGGCCAUCAGCCUUUUCCCGCAGAUGUCAGAGAUUGAAACCUCCCAGUUGGAGCCUGAGAUAGCCCGUGCUACAAGCAGCCGGACAGUGGUGUACAAUAAGGGGCUGUGAGUGAAGAUGAGCCGGCCUGGAAACACGGCACUAUCCAGGCCG